GGAGUGGGCUCUUCCAGGGGCCUCUGUGCGCCUAUAGGUCGCCUGUGCCGUCCGUCAGACGGAUGUUUGCGUCUCGAUUGGCUGCAGGAGGCGGAUCCGCAGGUGAUCCUCCGCUCAUAGAGGCGCGGGGCGGAGAGAAGGUGAUCAAUCUCCAUCCGUCUCCAUUAGAAAUCACCUUAACACUCUGACAGACAACGACAAGCCCCUUGAAAGCAAAUGAGUUUGAUUUAUUUGGCUGUAAAAACGCCGGGAACCGCACCGAGGACGCGGUGACGCCCGUAUGCUGCCGACCUGCCUGCGCGUCUCUCCGUGAUGCUGCCGCUCACUUUACGCACUCUUGUUUGUUUUUGAGCAAGUCUGCGGCCGCUCGUCGAGUUUUGUGCCCCGCAGACUUUCCCUACUGCUGGAUAUUUUUUUACUCUCCCGCUGUGGCCCGAGAGCUCUGGACGAGAAGUGAAGGAGAAGAACAAGUGACUUAAAUCGGUCCCCGGUCCCGUCAAGCUGCAGCAUCGGGGGAAACCGAACCACUGGCCUGAGCUGGGUGGAGCAGUGACCGCCUGUAGCAUGAUGUCCUACCUCAAACAGCCCCCCUAUGGCGUCAACGGCCUGGGGCUGAGCGGCGCUGCCAUGGACCUGCUGCACCCCUCAGUGGGCUACCCAGCGACUCCCAGGAAGCAGCGCCGGGAGCGGACCACCUUCACCCGCUCCCAGCUCGACGUCCUGGAGGCUCUGUUCGCCAAGACGCGGUACCCGGACAUCUUCAUGCGAGAGGAGGUGGCGCUGAAAAUCAACCUGCCCGAGUCCAGGGUCCAGGUGUGGUUCAAGAACCGGAGGGCCAAGUGUCGCCAGCAACAGCAGAGCGGCAGCAGUGCCAAAGCCAGGCCGCCCAAGAAGAAGUCUUCUCCGGCCCGGGAGAGCACCGGGUCUGAGAGCAGCGGCCAGUUCACGCCUCCUGCCGUCUCCAGCACGGGCUCUUCCUCCUCUUCGUCCUCGUCCACCAAUCACACAGGCCCGGCCGCGCUCAGCAGCACGUCUACCUCCAUCAGCACCGUCUCCUCCAUCUGGAGCCCAGCUAUCUCCCCUGGAAACGCCCCCGCUCCUGCCGUGGCCCCGCUCCCAGAGCCUGGACCCCCGUCUAAUGCCUCCUGCAUGCAGCGUUCAAUGUCAGGCUCCGCCGCUGCAGCCACCUCCUACCCCAUGUCCUAUAACCAGACGCCCGGCUACGGCCAGGGCUACCCCGCCCCCUCCAGCUCCUACUUCAGCGGCGUGGAUUGCGGCUCCUACCUGGCCCCAAUGCACUCCCACCACCACCCCCACCAGCUCAGCCCCAUGACGGCCUCGUCCAUGUCGGGCCACCCACACCACCACAUCAGCCAGUCAUCAGGCCACCACCACCAUCACCACCACCAGGCCUACGGCGGCUCCAGCCUGGCCUUCAACUCCUCCGACUGCCUGGAUUACAAAGAGCAGACUGCAGCCUCCUCGUGGAAGCUCAACUUUAACACCACGGACUGCUUGGACUACAAAGACCAGGCCUCCUGGAGGUUCCAAGUCUUGUGAUCAAGCUUUUUAUUCCUCCCUUUUCCCUCCCUGCUCGUCUGCUCCCUCUUCUUUUUAUUUCCAGAUUAGCUUAUUGUUUUUUUUUUUUGUUUUGUUUUUUUAAAGACACAAAGAGUUUAUGAACCAUAUAAUAACAAGAUAGCAGCAGGAAUGCUCCGCAACUCUUUCUUCCUCCCCUGAAAUGUCUUUAAAAAUGAGAGAAAAAAGAAAAAAAAAACUAUCCUGAAGAGAGAACGUCAGGAGUUUUUAAAGACACACCCUUCUUUGGAUGAGCAUAACAAAACUGUUUUUCAAAAAAGAAAAAAAAAAGUAAAGUCAUUUCAACCAAACUCCUUUGACCACCAGCUCUCUGGACGGGAGGAAUAUACUUUCCCCUCUAGUGCACCAACAGGAACUGCCUGCAGUGCCCUCUUACCUCCGACCCAAUCAAAUCCUGUAUAGUUUUUAUUUCUUGAAAUUUGUUAUUUUAGGAUGACAGAGAUUUUUAGUCAGCUGCACCAAGGAGCUGAAAUAUGUAAAUAUGUAUUUGGGUCAGUUACAGUGACCAUGUUUAGUUCUCUCUUUUUUUUCCUUUUUUUUUUGAAAUUGAAAUUGUUUAUUACCACUUUGGGAGUAAAAAGAGAAAAGAAAUGAAAAGAAAUAAAAAAAAAUAGUAUGUAAAUCUUUCCAAAUAUUCCAAAGAGAACAAAAUUGGCCAUCAGCUUUUAUAUCCAUUGUUUUACUCAGAUUGAAAAAAAAAAUGAAAUAAAUGUUUUGGCAAUUUGGGACGCUCUAAAUCUCAAAUGCAGCUGCAGAACCUUUCCAGAUUAUUAUUAAACCUAUUACUGUAGCCUCUACAUUUUCAAAGCAGACCUCCUCUCUUGGGCGUUGUCGUGAUAUUUGACAUGUUUGAACCGCAGCACUUGGCUUGAUAUUUGGAGUCAAAGCAUUUUUUAUUAUUUUUUUUUAUUAUUAUUAUUAUUUUAAUUUUUGGGAGAGGAAAUGUGGCUCCAAAAAUGACAGUGAGAUGUUGAAUGUAUCUUUUAAAGGCGACCCACCCUCACAUACAUGUUCAUCCAAUAAAGAUCCGUUUAAGUCAUA